AUGCAAGGGGCUGCAGCUGCGACCAAUGAAGAAACCAAACCCACACUGAUCCAACCAAACUGCCCUCGCUGCGACUCUUCCAACACCAAGUUCUGUUACUACAAUAACUACAGCCUUUCACAGCCGCGUUACUUUUGCAAGUCUUGUCGAAGGUACUGGACUCAUGGUGGCACUCUCCGUAACGUCCCCAUUGGCGGCGGCUCUAGAAAACAAAAGCGCCCCAAAGCAAUACCCUUUUCUUCCCCUUCUCCGGACACCCUCAAUGCGCCGCCGUCUCUCGCCCUAGAUGCUGGUGGACCUCUUUCCUAUUCCGGUGCUGGGUAUCACUCUACUCUCAAUGAAUCGUCUGUGGCUGUGGCUGUGGAUGUGGAUGUGGGGGCUUAUAAUACGAUGUGGACUACCAUCAAUUCUUGCUCUGCAGGUAAUUACGAAAAUUUAAGCUUAGAAACUGAAAAUGAAUGCUGUAAUUUGGUCCAAAAUCAUCAUCAUCAUGAUCAUCUGCCUCCCUAUGCCCGCCCCCUUUGA